UAUGUAUAAGGAGGGGACAGGAGAGGAGGGGGGAGAGUUGGCAGCCAUCCAGCUACCAUCAGAAUUAGCUCAUUGUUCAAUAUAAGCGGUACUGGCAACCAAAAUCCAGCCUGAAGGAGAGACUUUUCCUCCGGUGGGGAUCCAUUUUUCCUCCAGGGCUGCACUUUGGAAGAGAUGCAGUCGUUCUUCCUUAUACCCCCUACUCUCUCUCCACUCCACCAACUAUAAUUUCCUUCCGUAGCGUGCUGCUGGUUUUCAAUCCACAUUUGUGUUUCAGAUUAUGUAGAAAGGACAGAAAGCAGGGAGCGGGGGCUAUUAACUAUUGUUCUCCUUGUGCUACUUGAGAGAAACUGCAAUCCCAGGAUUUAACAGAAUCUAAAAAUGGUUAAUCAACCAAGGUUAACAGUUUGGAUGAGCCAGAAGAUCUUUUCAACCAGCCAAAGGAAUGGGGAAUUUCCAAAGGGAAGACUCCCCAUCUCAAAGGAAGUAAACCGAAAGAAGAAUAGUGAGUCAGAAGAGGCAUGUCUGGUUCCAGUAAAUGACUGUGGACACCAUUUCACCAAAAUCAGCUACCUCUGCUCUUUUUAGUCAUAAUUUCUCCAUUUGUAUUACAUACGGUGUAUGGGUUUUAUCAGGUCAUGGUGUCAUAUGUUGGGAGUUGCCUCUGUGUAAAUCAUCAAGUGUAAGAAGAAACUAUGGGACUCUGAGCCUUUCUUUAGAGAAUAACAGCGAACAAACGUGUACCAUAAAAACAGUUUUUAAUAUUCUGAAUCAAGCAAAAGCUCUCAGAAUUUCACACUGUGAAUCCAUGUUUACAAACACUACAGGUGGGCCCUCAGGCCUGGUUCUACCACAGCAAUGUCUUCCACUGCUCAAACUCCACUGGUCACAUGCAACUGGUAAAUUACUCUCUCCAUUUCCACCAUCCCAAUCUGCUUCUUGCAGAGGCUGAGAGUCCCCCGUUUUUUUUUUUUCGUUUAGAUAUAACAAGCCUAGUAGUUUAUUUUCAGUUCUCUGUAUAUCUCUAUAUUUUAUCCAUGUACUCUGAUGUAUAGAAGUAGUAUGAAACUCAUGGUUUCCUUGUGGUAAGUGAUUGUGAUGCUGCCACGGGAUUUGAGACACUGAUGAUUGGUGCUAUUUUGGACUUUAAAUAUGCUCCUUGGCAAGGUAGCUCUGAUGGAGUUAUUUUUUAUUUCCCUGUUCUGAGAAGGUGUUGGUACUUUGUUUUUCUGAGUGUUAUUUAGAUUGGACUGACUUGUUUACUUGUGUCUUCAGUGUGGCUUUCUUAUUCAGUGCUGUAGGUGAGUACUUAAUAGUGCACAAGUGAGGAACUGAUUUCCUAUCAGGGUCCACUCACAAACAUGCAGUUACAGUGGGAGCAAUCACAAAACUGUAAUUUACGUAAAAUAUCCUUUUACCUACCUAAAGGAAAAAGAUGAGCAAUAAUUUUCCAUCAAUCUCUCAAAAUCACUUGUUUUUUUUCUAAAUAAAAGGCAUUUUUUUAAAAGAAGGGACAAGUUCAGAUGUCCUCUUCAAAUCUAUAAAAUGGGGAUAUAGUAAGAAAAACACAGCAGAUUUCUGGGAGGAAAAAAUUCUUAAAAGGAAGGAAAAGAGUACAUACCCACAUGUUAACAUGUGGACUUUACAUUUUUGUUCUUGCUCCCAGACACUAUUAUCAAUACUAAUACAACACAAACCCCAAAACUAAUCAAUAUCAUCUACUCAUGGAGUGUUGCUGUGUUAGACACAGUCUGAAAGCCCACCUUAAUUUUUAUAUCUCUGUCUUUUAGCUCUUCCUUUUACAGGACAGGCCUUGUUCUGAACUGUUUUAGCUUCUGACUGUUAAAUACCAAUGCAUGUACUACACUUCCUAGAUUCCUCUCCUUUCUCCAACUUCUGUAUGCCUCUUCUUGUACAUUUUAUUUUCCAGUAGAUUAGGUAUGUCUACUGUGCUGUAUAUAGAGCAAGAGGUAAUAUUCAACAGUUGUGGCAUUUAUGUAUAGUUGCAGUAGUGUACUGCUGAAAAUGCAGGCUUUUGUAACAAUGUGAUCUUCAGUAAUGCACUACAAGUACCCAAUGUAUUUCAGCUGUUUUAGUAGGAUUUGUUCAAUAAAUAUGCAAGCUCUAAGGGUA